AUGGUUGGUAGCCUGAAGCACCCUCCCACUGGUAUGGCAGACAACGAUCACGAAGGCCAUAGUGGAAAGGUGCUCGCACAAAUCAACACGUAUUGGAAGCUUUCCAUUGCAGCUCAACCAAACGUCGUUCUUGUGCAUGCUGGUACCAACAACAUGGAUCUGGAAGAAGAUCUCGAAGGUUCUCCACAGAUUCUGGAGUCAAUCAUUGAUGGUCUCUUCCAGUAUUGCCCUGAUACCACUGUUCUUGUUGCUCCAGUUAUCUGGGCCAACAAGCCUAGAAUGCAGCAAAACACUGAUCGCUUUAACCCGCAAGUUAUUGCCAUGAUCGAGAAGAGGCAGAAUGCCGGGAAACAUAUCCUCGAAGUUCCAAUCGACAUUACUGCAGAUGAUCUUUGGGAUGAGAAACAUCCAAAUGAUAGCGGCUAUGAGAAGAUGGCCAACGCAUGGUUGAAGGCUAUCCUUGAAGCUGACAAGCGUGGCUGGUUGAAAACUCCUACGAAGAUAGACUCUGCUGGCCUUCCAGGUGUUGGUCUUGGCAUUGGCGGAGGAGCUGGAGGAGCCCAAGAAGAGAUCGUGGGCAAGAUCUGGAAGAAGCAAGGCACCGUGUUUAAAGGCUUCCGGACCUGGGAGUCCGUUGGUAGCAUUCGUGGCACAGCCGCCAAUGCCACCCGCGAAAAGGUGAUCCUGGCCGAUCUCAACGGCGACGGUAUCACUGAUUAUAUACUUGCCGAUGAAGAUGGCACUAUGCGUGCCUGGAUCAAUGGGGGCAGACCGAAUGACUGGAAGAGCAUCGGUUAUAUUAACCCAGACUGGAAGUCUGUCAAAGGCAAUAUGAUACGCCUUGCAGAUGUCGAUAACGAUGGUAAGGCUGACCUUAUUGCUAUCUAUGAGAACGGCGCCGCCAAGGUGUGGAAGAACGUGGACAACGGAAAGAAGUUCGAGUCUAUGGAUUCCAAGUGGGCGACUGGUCUUGAGUCAAGAGAUAAAGUUAGCUUCCAAGAUAUUGAUGGCGAUGGGUAUGCCGACUAUGUUAUUGUCUAUAGUGGUGGCGCUGUCAAGUGGGCACGCAACACUCACAAUAACGGCAAGGACAGCAGCAAGAAGAACUGGGAGGCUGAGGUCACUAUUGCGCCUGGUCCUUCUGGGAUACCCGAAGGCUCAACUAGGAUACAAGACAUCGAUGGUGAUGGAAAGGCCGACUACCUAGUCGUAUAUGACGGCGGUGCCGUCAAGGCGUUCCGCAACACCUUGAAAGAAGGCGGCCGUAACUGGGAUGACUUGGGUACAGUUGCUCCUGGCAUCGGUGGUGUUACCGGAGACAUGAUCCGUUUUGCAGAUAUGGAUGGAGAUGGUCUAGCCGAUUUCCUGGCUGUUGCCGACGAUGGAAGUAUCCGCAUGUGGAAGAAUCUUGGAAUCACAGGCACCAAGGGUCAGAGUAUUCGCUUCGCCGAUUUGACCGGCGAAGGAAGAGAUGACUUGAUCUCUGUCGAUGCCAAAGGACGAGCUCGGGCUUGGAUCAACAAGGGUGACGGCCAGUGGGAGGCAAUUGGUGAGAUUGCACCUGGCCUCGACGAAGAUCUAUCUGACGCACGUAUCGAAUUCGUCGAUGUCAAUUCUGACAAGCGUGCUGAUUACCUGAUCAUCUAUGGCGGCGGAGCUGUCAAGGCGUACCUCAACAAUGGAAACCUUCCUGACCCAGGUGAUAGACGCAUCUGGCAGGAUGGCAUCGUCAUAUCACCUGGAGUUGGCGAGCCUGGAAGCAAAAUUAGGUUUGCUGAUCUUGACGGCGAUGGUUACGCUGACUUCCUGAUUCUCUAUGAUGGAGGAGCUGUCAAAUAUUGGCAAAAUAACAAAAAUAUCCCCCCUAGAAAUGGUGGGCGUAUUUGGAAGGAAGGCAUCGUCGUUGCUACAGGAGUUGGCGAGCCCGGCAGCAAGAUCCGAUUUGCAGACCUGACAGGAGAUGGAAAGGCUGAUUACAUAGUCCAGUACGAUGGCGGCGCUGCUCGAGGCUACCGCAACAAUGGAAAGAUCCCUAUAGGAGAGGGGCGCAAGUGGAACGAUAUGGGUACUAUUGCAGGUGGUGUCAGCCCUCAAGGCCCUGUUCGUUAUGCCGAUAUCAACGGUGAUAGGAAGGCCGAUUACUUGGUUGUUUCUGAUGGAGGGGCCGUCAAUGCAUACAUGAACAACCACGAUUGGGCGCCCAAGCUACCUGACAAGCCGGAUCAACCUAUUCCUUCAGAACCUGGUGAGGGUGGUGGUGGUGGUGGUGGUGACGGAGGUAGUGGAGGAGGAGGAGGAGGCGAUGAUAACGAUGGAGGGAGCGGCGGCGACGGCGGAGACGAUGCUGUUUACAUCGACCCAACGAUCUGGGAUUCCAAGAACCCAACAGCAGGAUGUCAGCCGCCUUGCACUCUCGUCUUACCACCCUGGCCGCUUUCCUCAAAGACAACAAUCAGCUUUCCAGUUCUUACUGAGACCUUGAAAGAGACGUGGCCAGAAACCACCGAUGGCGUUAUCAAAUAUCGCACAACAACAAUCACUGUUCUAAUAACGCUCCCACCUCUGACAACCUCCGAGAUUGGUGUGUCCAACAUCAUUAUCACUGGGUCUACCUCCAAGUCUAUUCCUGUUAAAGGAAGUGUCAUCCCAUCACCUGUCACCUUGACAGAGCCUACCCGUGGCAUUACCUACACAUACAAGCCUGGCCCUAUGCCAACUGGCGAAGACAAAAUCGGACCUCCUCCAGGUAUUAUUCCUGGAAUUAUUGUCACAGCCGGACCUCCAGGGCCUAUCUGUAAGUCUGGAUGUGGCAAUCUCUGUCUCUUUGGUUGCGCUCCUGGAGGAGGUGGCGGAGGCGGCGGUGGGGGCUCAAUUGGAUGUAUAGGUGGAGGAUGUCCUGGGCCAGGAGGGAACUGUGUUGGUGCCGGAUGCGAGAAGGAUAAGGACAAAGACGAUGAGGAUGACAAUGAUGACGACGAAGACGAAGAAGACUGUGCAACAGAGACCAACACUGCAUGCCAUCAAGUCUGUACCACAAAGCCCUGCGCUACUGUUUGCAACACAUAUCUGGGCUGCGACUGCACGACAUCUCGUGCAACGGACUAUUGGGUGUCGUGCCAAUCUUCUUCAUGCACGACAACCUCGUCCGAAGUCAUCACCGGCUGCUUCUUAACUGCAACUGCCACAACAACAGAGGCCUCCUGUCCGCUUAUCACCCUUGAUCAUGAGAAUGAUCUAUUGGGCGACGACAGCAACAUCUAUGGCAACUUGGGCACGACCUACAAGACGACUUUUUCCGCUACCGUCAUUGUUAGUAAAAGGGCGUAUCCCGUCAAUGACGGCUAUGUGACUGUUGAGAAAACAGCGUAUCCCAUCCCCGACGUCGAUACAGCAACCAGGACCAAAAUGCGAGGAACUUCGGCCAUCAUUCUCCCGUCCCUAGUCGGCGUAGGCUUCUCUAUCACAAAUAAAGAUUUCCCAGUCGGCACUACUUCAUAUCCGAAAGCUACCACAACGGUGGGCGAGUCAACAUCAACGACGUCUGAGGAGCCAUCACCAACCUCGAUAGCAUAUCCAACCAACACGCUCAUCAAUCAAGAGGACGGAGAGGGAUACUGCUUCGAUGACUCGUCUAGCUAUGAAGAGUUCACUAUAGAGGACGCACAGCGUGUCAUUGGGUCAUUCUGUGACUCCAGCUACACUCUUGAUCCCAAGAACGAUUUUGGACACAACUCAGCGCUCGAGAAUGAUGGCUAUACAGUUAUUGUAUCAGCCAAAUGGGCACCCGAUCAAGAGGGAUGCGGGGACAAGGAGCCAUUCUCUUUCUCUGAGGGCGCCAUUAAUCAUGAUCUCUGUCCACGAGCCUGGAACACCAAUUUCUACUGCGAGGAUCCUGAGAAUGGCGACAAUGAAGUUAGCUACGGAGGAGCCUACGUUCUGGAUCUGCCAGAAAGCGGGGGGUGUCUUCUCUUGAGCUUGUAUGCAUACGAUAGGUCCACCAUGAGACUCAAGGCUCUUCCCAAGGGUGCAGAAUCGAUGAUACCGUCGAGGAUGAAUGUGACACGUGUUGGUCAUGAGCCGAAGUGGAAAGACAGUAAUAGGCCUGGUAUCAAACAGGUUUGGCCUGUGGCAGAAGGCUCGUCGCCUGGAGGGAGGAAAACGUUGAAACCGGCGAGGGGUGAUUAG